AUGGGUAGUGGCGAAAGUUUGCUGAGCGCCGAACAGCUGGACGAGUAUGCCGAGUUGACCUAUCUCACCCGGUGGGAGGUGCUGCUGAUUUUGAAAAAGUUGCAAGUUCUGGCGCCGGAUGGGUUGGCGCGAGAUUUGCAUAUGAGGUUUUCCUGCCGCAAGAUAAUGGAUGUAUUCCCGCAGUUGAAGUACAACCCCUUCCGCGAUCGGUUGUUCAAGGUGUUUUCCUCGGCGCAGGACACCCGUUGCUCGUUCGAAGACAUCCUGGACAUGUUCAGCGUGAUGUCGGAAAACUGUCCGCAGCACGUGAAGGCCGCUUGGGCGUUCCGGGUGUUCGACUUCGACAACGACAGCAUGAUCACCAAGGAGGACAUCUUCACCAUGUGCGAUCGGCUGACCAAGUACGAUCGGUUGGAACCGGACGAGAAGGAAACCAUUGCCGAGGUGUUACUGAAGGAGCUGGAUCUCCACAACAACGGAAGCUUGGGCGAGUUCGAGUUCAUCCACGUGAUUGCCAAGGUACCUGAGUUUCAGCAUUCAUUGACCUUUAAACCCUAGUGUAGUAAUAGAAAUAAAGAGACGUUUGUGUUCGGAA